CUUCAAAUCAGUUUGACAACACGUGCUGUUUUUUUUUUGUUGAAUCGACACGGUGGUGCGUUUUCUUAGUAGUAAAUGAGAUUUAUUUUCGGAAAAAAAUGAGCAAUUUAAUUGAAGUAGCUGUGACAAGUGAUGCAAAUGGUUCGUUAUGGAGCUGCUGUGCAUGGGAUCCACAGGCUGGAACGCAAUUAUGUACUUACAAAGGUGGUGAAGCAACAACGCCGCAUGGAUUUUCGUUCAUCAAUCAAGAAUUCAUCAUAACAGCCAACAAUUCAAAGCCGUUGUUACACAUUUGGCCGGUGAAUAGCCAAGAACAAGUGCCGAAUUUGCGAUUUGUUGUUCCGGGCAAAGUGACAGCACUUGCCAUUUCAUCCGAUGGUGUCUAUUGCGUAGCGGCUGUCAGUGAAAUCAUCUACAUUUGGAAAAUCAGUUCGGGUGAUAUGCUGGCGAUGCUGUCACGGCAUUAUCAAACGGUAUCAUCGCUUGCAUUCACCGAUGAUGGGUCACAUUUCAUCAGUGCUGGUCAAGAUGGAAUGAUGCUCGUCUGGAAAUUGAGCAGCAUUUUAACCGCAACUGGGUACAACAAUCAGGAAACAACUCCAUUGUAUUCAUUCUCCGACCAUACACUUUCAAUCACCGAUAUCUUUAUUGGCAAAGGUGGUAUGCGUGCCUUAGCUGCAUCUGUUUCACUGGACCGUACAUGCCGAAUUUAUGAUUUAGCCUCCGGCACAAUUUUGUUGAAUUUAGUGUUUCCCGAGGCGCUUACAUCGAUUACAAUUGACAAUUUAGAUACGAAAGUUUACAUUGGAUCAAUCGAAGGAAACAUUUUUGAAUUCAAUCUGCAAACACCGCCACGCACAAGAGAAUACCAUUUGAAUCACGAAACAUUGACAACAAAGCAACGUUUCAUCGGUCACAAGGGCGCUGUCACAACAUUAUCGAUUUCAUUGGAUGGUGAAACAUUGCUUUCGGGCGGUAACGAUGAAACCGUGCACUUUUGGCACAUUCCAAGCAAACAAAUCAUCCGAACCAUACCACAUAAAGGUACAAUUACUAAUGCCAAAUUCGUGCUGGCACCAAAGGCUAUGUUCGAUCAAGAGACAAAACUCCAUUUAAUUGCAAACAAUUUCAAACGCAUGAUUGACAAUCAAUCAUUGAACACGGAAAAUUUCACGGUCGAAAUUUUGGUUUCGCAUCCAGUCGAUUCGAGUAUUGAAGCGGAAAUUGUGAAUGAAACUGUUGGAGUUGCCGGAGAUGGUGUUGUGACGUCAAAGGGAAGAGAAAUUUUGAAUGGAACAAGUGGAGCCGAUCUGAAUGAAGUAGAACAACUUCGAGCCGAAGUCAGACGACUGAAGAAAAUCAACAAAGACUUAUUCGAACAUUCGGUUAAAUCAGUUUUUCAAAAUGGAAAAUGAGUCAACGCAAACAUUUUGUACACUUUCCUAUGGCUAAAAAGUGUUUGAAAAAAACUUCAAAUUAUAUAAAUAGAAACAUGAUUAUUGAGAAUCUAAGAGUUUGAAUAAAAAAAAAGACUUUGAACCAA